AUGAAAAAACGAAUUUUAUUUAAGGAUGUUUCAAAUCGUAUUGAACUUUGGCUUGGUACUGAAUAUCAUGAAAAUGGUUCUGUUUAUGAUUAUCUUAUGACUCAUACAAUAACAAUUCCAAUUAUGAUUAAAAUGAUGUUCACUAUUGCUAAUGGUCUUUUUUAUUUACAUGUAUCAAUUGAUGCAACAAAUGGAAAACCUGCACUUGCACAUCGAGAUUUAAAAACAAAAAAUAUUUUAGUUAAAAAAGAUUUAUCAUGUUGUAUUGCAGACUUAGGUCUUGCAGUUAGUGAAGUUCGUCAAAAAUAUAGUGAUUUACGUAAUGAUAAUAAUAGUAAUAAUAAUGAAGAACAUAAUGUAAUUGAUAUUAAACCAAAUCAUCGUGUUGGUACAAUACGUUAUAUGGCACCAGAAAUCCUUGAUAAAACACUCAAUGAAAAAGUUUUCGAAUCCUAUAAAGCUACUGAUCUUUAUGCAUUAGGACUUGUUUUUUGGGAAAUUUUACGAAGAUGUCAAACAACUCCAGAAGAAAAUGAUGCUGAUAUAUAUAAACUUCCUUAUGAAGAUGUUUUACCAAAUAAUCCAAAAUUUGAAGAAAUGCAUGAAGUUGUAUGUAUAAGAAAAAUUCGACCAGCACCUUCACCUCGAUGGGAAAAUAAUUCAACUUUUUGUUAUAUAUUGAAUUCAUGUCAAGAAUUAUGGGCGGAAAAUCCAGCAUGUCGUCCAAGUACUUAUGUUAUUAAAGAACAACUUAGAGAUCUACAAAAUCAAUAG